AUGGCCAAAUCCAAGAAAAAAUUGGCUAAAAAUAAGACGAAAGAGAGAAAUGACGAGAAAAGUGAUGCCAAACAUGUGGUCAACAAAUCCAUAGAUUCUGAAGAGUCUGAUGACGAAUACGACGAGGAGUCUGAAGAGGAAGUAUCCGAAGAGGAAUUGGAUAAUGAGACCAAUUCUAGUGAUGUGUCAGACCAGGCAUCAGAUGAGGGCAUAGAAGACAUGAAUGAGAAUAUCGACUUAAAAGAGUUGAGUGAAGACGAA